AAUUUGUCACAAGUUGAAAGCGAAAGCCCAGACAAGCGUCCGCCACUCGAUCGCUGGUUUUAUAAAGGUUUCCUUUGUUGCAGUCCACAUUCGGCAGUGCCAGCAUCAGCAUCAUCACUCGGCACCCAGACACUCGUCACUCGAAUUUUUGUUCCAGGAAAGAUAAACAAAAUACCCCCAAGGAAUCCCAGAUGUUGCGCAUACGCAGUGUGGACCACGUUCUACUGAUCGUUCUGGCGGCAGUCGCUUUUGUGGCGGCAAAACAAGAGAGUGCAUCGCGUCAAUUUGGCGGUCAGAACUUCGGCAACAACCUGGGUCCCUCCUUCGGGUCAUCGGGGGCCGGGGGUUUCGGUGGACUGGGACCUGGUUCCGGAGCUGCCGGAUUUCCGGGACAGGGCUACGGACCACCGAUACAACAGCCUCCGAUUCAACAGCCUGGCUGCCCGCUGUGCGACUCGUCGGUCUACUCCUACUGCUCCCACAAGAUGGUCCACGAUGCCUGUUGCUGCGAUUUUCCAGCGCAGUUGCGACCUCCCCAGUGUUUGUACUACGACUGCUCGCUGCUGUAUGCCAAAUCCUGUUACGAACACGCCCUCAUCAAGAACUGCUGCUGCAAUAAUCCCUACUGACGCAGAAAUAUGGGAUAUGGACGUAUCGUAGAGCGCAGCCAAGUGAUUUGUUUGCUUAAUUUAUUUAUUCAAUACCAAUCCCAAUCGCAAUCCAUUUAAAAUGCAUGUGCAUGUGCGCCGCGAACAGAUUAAUUUUUAAAUCAAAUUCUUGCGACGCUAAAUUAAAUUAAAUUAAGUAAAUUAUUUGAAA